GAGUAUAUUGUGUCAUGCUUACUGUUGAUGACGUAGCGGGUAACCAUAAUAGAGCCAGACGAUUCCUAAUAUUUGAUGAUGUCAACGGAGUUAAUACAACAGACCAGUUCCCUAUCUGGGUUGACUCUGCAGCGGAAAAUAGUACCCACCUUUGGCAAACUGAUCUUCAAGACCCCAGUAAUACUGGGCCACAGGUAGUAAUGCAAUGGCCAGGACACUUCUAUAACUGGUUCCACAGGGAACAUAAAUUCCUGAAUGCCAUUGAAGAUAAUUCACCUCCAUUGACGUCAGAUUAUGAAGAAGUCACAGGUCAACCUCCAACUACCAGAUCACGUGAGGCAAUACCAAAUAUCAAUGCAGUCGUGCGUUUCGAAGUAAAUUACGGCAUAGACCACCGGGGAGGGCGCAAUAUCACUUCUCCUACUGGUAACUGGCAAGACGUUGAUGAUAUUUUGGUGGAGCAACAGGGAUUCGACAUACCACGCAACGAUGGCGAUUCCAUUCAUUUAUGGGUGAGAGCUACAGACGUGAUGGGCAAUAUAAACCAGGAUGAUGUACUGAUUCACGUGGAUUCAUCGCCACCAGAAAUCCAUGAUAUAUCGUUAAUGAGACAUGGACAGACACAGCUAGCAGUGCACAUUUCUGUUGACCUGUAUGAUAUGAGGGUUGUUUUCCAAACAUAUGACGAUCACAGCGGGUUACAUAACAUACACUGGAAACUAGCAGACAUGGCAGACGGUAAUGUGGUUCAUGGUGAAGGUCAAGUUGCUGUCAGAAGACCAAUAGUUGGCAAUACUACAUGUGACCCUCCGAACUGCGGAUGUAUACAAAAAAACAACGAAUGUUACUAUAGAGAUUAUGCAAUUGAACUUGAUGCCAAUAAAUUAAAUCUAGCAACUGGAAACCACGACCAUGAUUACUUAUUCACCAUCACAGUAACAAACAACGCCAUGCUUGUGGAUGUAAAGACCUUCCAGGUUACGGUUGACACAAGUCCGCCACAUGAGGGCACUGUACAUGAUAGCCGGACAGGAGAAACGGACUUGGACUAUCAACAGGACAUUCAAAUAUUCGCAUCUUGGGAUGGAUUUUUUGACAGAGAAAGUGGGAUACUCUUUUAUGUUUACAUCUUUAGCGAAAGUUGUUCAGAAAUGCAAGAUGGUACAUUUGAUAUUCCAAUAACAGAGCCGGCUAUAAACACAACUUCAACAUAUGCAGAAUGGACCGCCCCAGAUAUAGGAACGUAUCAUUGUACUGUAGUUGCAUAUAAUCGAGCAUUAGAACCAUCAAAUCCAGUUUGUUCUGAUGGUAUCACCAUUGAUACUUCACCACCAACACUCAGUGAAAUUGUCAUAGAUGAUGCUAUUAUAAAAGCUGGUGUGAUCAAGGACGGUGAUGGUUACGUGUGGAUGGUGAAUACUACUAGAUAUCGCCACCAAGUAGUUAAUGUUUCAGACGAAUGCAGAAAUGUAGCAAGGCUUGACAGUGAUAUAGAACUACUGCCUUUAAACCCAUCUGAAGUUAUUGCAAGUACUGAUACGGAAUGCAUAGAUGCUGGACCUUUAUCAACUGUUAUAUAUUACAAUAAAAUAAACCAUUUCUCUUUGAGUUGGCAAGGAGAUGAUCCUGAAAGCGGGAUAUACGACUAUGAAGUUGGUUUAUGUUCCACAUCUUCUGGACUGAGUCCUGACAUACUACCAUUUACCUCCACCAAUUCACACAGGAACUUUCUUACUUACCACCCUAAUUUGGCUGAAGGUUUACAAUUCUAUGUGGUUUUGAAAUCCAUCAACCGAGCAGAGUUGACACAAACAAAGAUUAUUGGACCACUCUUUGUUGAGGUGACACCCCCAGUCUUCACUGGCGACAUUGAUGUUACCUUGGAGACAUAUAGUGAUGUAGGUUACCUUGUGGCUCGUUGGAACCAAGACGAUUUUUAUGACGGGGAAGAUGCCGAGCCUCCGAUACGCUUUGAGUAUGGCGUUGGUACAACUACCCAUGAUACAAACAUAUUAGAUUUCACAAUCUUAGACGACCAUCAUGACAAUGAUCUAUGUGUAUCUGAACGACCACCGUCAUGUGUUUCUAUAUCAGUUGAUAAACUUAAUUGGCAUCUACACGGGGAUCAUUCCUACUACGUAUUCAUCCGCGUAACAAACACUGCUGGGUUAAUCAGUAUUGCAAAGUCAGCAGCUUACAGGCAUGUGGUUGAUCCACCAUCGAAAGGCAUUGUAUGUGAUAUCCUUCCACUAAGUGAAUAUACUGAGUUAUAUGGGGAACCUCAUGACAUAGAUUUCCAGACUUCUACAACAUCACUACAUAUCCGAUGGUCUGGGUUUUCCCAUCCAUAUCUGGAUGUGCGUUAUGAAGCUGCCUUAGGCACGACACCUGGGGAAGAAGAUGUUGUUGGUUUUAAAGCUGCGGAUGUGGGCCAAACAUAUCUUGAUUUUAAUGGACUGAACUUAGAAAAAUUCAAGAAAUACUUCGCUACCGUAAGAGCGUCCAAUGAUGUUGGUAGUGUUACAGUGAGUUCUGAUGGAGUUCGGAUACUUUCAGAUCAAGAUGUGUUGAUGUCAGCAAAGGUUUAUGAUGGAUUGGGAUGCACUGGAGCAGUUUCAGGCUUACCGACAGAACACACGAAUACUGGAACCUUCAGUCACCAUAGUAACGAUGGACGUCAUGUUUGCCAGGAAGAUCUUGAAUUUCAGGCAUCAAUGUCUUCACUUACCUCAUACUGGAACAUAUCAGGUGAUAUAAGUGAUUACAUUACAGAUGUUCAUUGGGGAGUGCAGAGACUUGAACGUACAAAUGGAUCUGAUGUAUGGGACUUUGUGAAAGACUUUGAAAACCUUGGUAUGGCUUACACUGCUCACACGGCUAUGCAACUUCAUCCCGGUGACAUUUAUCGUUCUAUCGUGAAAUUCUGCUACACUGUCGGGUGUUUUCAACCAGUCACCAGUGAUGGCGUCACCAUUCUGCCAUAUCCACCAUCAUCUGAAGGCAUCUCAUAUGUCAAGUAUUACAAUGAGACAGAUGAAUUGGAGUUCUCAUGGCGCAGUUUUGGACACAAUCUACAGAUGACCGGUCGUGACGUUAUUGAAUACAUUGAUUAUUAUGAGUGGACAAUAACUAUCAAAACCAACAGUCGUCAUGGUGAUGCCUUGUUUGUUUGGCAGUUAUUAGAAGACCCUGUCCAUGUAGGGGACGAGAUGACUUAUAGAGCAUCACUUGAUCACAGCUUACAAUUCACUGAGUGUUUACAAAUUGGUCUCCGUGGUUACACUAAAGCUGGUCUCUACACCACUGUAUAUAAAGACAUAUACGACUGUGAUGCAUACAAUCCUGUACUGAUUGUACCGAAUAUAGUGAUAGAUGCCUCUGGUAGUUGGGAUGAAAAGAGUAAUGAUAAUGGGGAUAUAUUUCUUGAAAUAAACGCCCACUGGAACCAGCCUGAUGCUGAAUAUACUCGGGCCACACAUAAACUCGCGGCAGUAUGGCCUACUCUACGAUAUAAUCAGUAUGACUGGAAGGUUAUAUCUGAUGACAGCGUUCAACGCUGGGCGUAUUUGACAUCUAACGAUGGACAUAUUACAUAUGAGGAGUAUGACUGUAGCUCACCAGAAGUGAUGGCCUGUGGAAGUACAAAUGAAAACUUUAUCAACAUUCACGAUCUACCAUUAGUUCAUGGCCAAAGAUAUUAUGUAUGCAUAUAUUCAAAUGCCACAAAGAAGGUAUAUGAAUAUGUAGAAGUGUUACUACCAGAGAUAUCAGUGUGUUCUGAUGGCAUCACCGUUGACCAAAGCCCACCUUUACAAGGCAAUGUAUGGAUUGGAUGGAGAGAACAACAUUACCAAUCAGCUAUAUCUGAACUUGUUGUUAACUGGCAGUCAUUUGUUGACGUAGAAGAGGAAGGCCGUACCACUCAUCAUUCAGGAAUUCGAAAAUACGAAUACGCUAUUGGGUCUUCACCAGAUGGAGUGGAUGUACAGGACUUCAUAGAUGUUGGAAUUACAAACAGAGCUGUGGCUCAUGGUUUAGAUUUACAGGAUGGAUAUACAUAUUACGCUACCAUAAAAGCAACCGAUUUUGUGGGCCUCACCACUAUAUCUGUAUCACCCGGAGUCACCAUAGAUACAACGCCACCACAGAAGACAGAUGUGAAAAUCAACAUUGGCGGGUCUUUCCAUGUUUCAACUUCAUCUGUCAGUGCUAGUUGGCGAGGACUGUUUGUUGAUUUAGAAAGUGGUAUUUCUACAUAUGAAUGGGCAGUUGGGUCACUCCCAGGUUUUGCAGAUAUUAUGCCGUUUACUGUUAUUAACUCCGAAGAAGGAACAUCGGAUGAAAACAUUGACCUUGAAUUAAAAGAAGGCCAUGCGUAUUAUGUUUCAGUUAAGGCAUACAAUGGAGCUGGAAUGUCAACCAUGGCAACAUCAUGGGCCACUAUUGUUGAUGCGUCACCCCCAAUUGCUGGUUAUGUUUAUGAUGGAACUGUUUCUGCUGAUCAAAUUGACCUUGAUGUUCAGACGGAUCUGAGCAGCUUAACGGCAAGGUGGACUGGUUUUAGUGAUCCACAUACUGGUAUUGCUACAUAUACAUGGGCAAUUGGUACAUGCAAAGUUUGUGAUGAUACAAGGGGAGAACAGUAUGUUGGUGUAGUAACUGAGAUGACAGCAGAUAACCUAAAUUUGAAACCUGGUUUCACGUAUUAUACGACCGUUAUAGCUUGCAAUGCUGCCAAGUUAUGUACAACAGUGACGUCAGACGGUGUCCUGAUAGAUAACUCUCCCCCAGUCCGAGGCGCAGUGCAUGACGGGAUUAGUGGUCCUGACAUUGCAUAUCAAACAUCAAGAUCAACAAUGGCUGCACACUGGUACGGAUUCCAUGACCCACAGUCACAGAUAUCCCAUUACGAAUGGAGAGCAGGAACCACUGUUGGAGGAGAGGAAAUUGUACCACCAACGACGCUGCAUUUAACAGAGAAAGUGUUUAUUUCCCAAAUGUCACAAGAUUUGCCCCUAAACACUGUGAUAUAUGUAACGGUGAGGGCGUACAACAAAGCAGGUGUGUUUUACGUGUAUGGCGUUCUGCGAAAGUAGUAUUACACAUUUACUGUAAUCAAAUAGUACGUAAUAGCAAUACAUAUACAAUACUCUCAGAUAUAAGUGACCACUUUCCCAUUUGUUCUAUAUACGAAAAUUUACAUCAUCAUUUCAAUCAAGGCAAGAUAUUUUACAAAUGUGACUUCUCAAAUUAUAACCGUGACAAAUUUGUUUCCGAUUUGAACAAUACAUGUUGGCAGCCAAUUUAUAAUUGUGAUGAACCAAAUCGGGCACUCAAGAUUUUCUGUGAUGCUUUCAGUGCUAUUGCAUCA